AUGAGUUUAAAGUACAAGGUUGAAACAACAAAUCUUCUGGUAUACCAAGUACACGACAACAACAGAUCUCACAUAGUAAACUUAGAGAACAAAACAUCCAGCUGCCAAAGAUUUGAAUAUGAUGAAAUGCCUUGCUCUCAUGCAAUGGCUGUACUAAGCAAAAGGAACCUGUCUUGCUACAAAUAUUGCUCAUACUACUACACGAAAGAAGCUUUUAUGGCAACAUAUGAAGACAGUAUACUCCCAUUAGGUGAGGCAACAUCAUGGAAUAUACCAGAUUUAAUAAAAAAUAUUGUAGUCCUCCCACCUAAACAUAAGAGAGCUGCCGGAAGACCAAAGAAACAACGAUACAAAAAUGGACUUGAAGCAAAAGCACUAGUGAAAUCUAUGGCAUCCUUCCUAGCUUCUCCGAAGUAG